AAGAAGAAGAGAUCAAUGGGACGAGCUCUAGCUUCAGCAGUGGGUGUCGUAGUACUAACCUACGCACUCACCAUUUUUGCUGUUGCACUUCAAGUUCAACUUGAAGGCAUUUCAGAAGAACCAAAAAUUUAUCAAGUGACAGACGAUCAAAGAAACCAGAAAUUCACCGGAGGAUGGCGUCCGGGAACGGAAAAGCAGUUCCAUAUAUUCAUGGAGAACUACGGAAAGAAAUACUCGACGAGAGAGGAAUAUCUUCACCGUCUCGGUGUGUUCGCCAAGAACAUUGUGAGAGCUGCAGAGAACCAGGUUUUGGACCCAACUGCUGUUCAUGGUGUCACACCCUUCUCUGACCUCUCCCAAGAUGAAUUCGAGAAUAUGUUCACCGGAUUAAGAGUUGGGUCUCCUCUGAACGAAUUAGUUUCUUCAACCGCACCAAGCUUGGAAGUUGAUGGAUUGCCUACAAACUACGAUUGGAGAGAAAAAGGAGCUGUCACAGAGGUCAAAAAGCAGGGCAUAUGUGGAGCUUGUUGGGCUUUUAGCACCACAGGGGCUGUGGAAGGAGCCAACUUUUUAGCAACUGGGAAGCUUACAAGUCUUAGUGAGCAACAGCUUGUAGAUUGUGAUAACACAUGCGACGCCAAGAAGAAGACAUCAUGUGACAAAGGAUGCAGUGGAGGGCUAAUGACAAAUGCCUACAAGUAUCUGAUGGAAGCUGGAGGUUUAGAGGAAGAGAAGUCAUACCCUUACACUGGGAAACGUGAGGAAUGCAAGUUCGACCCUGAGAAGAUAGCUGUUCGGGUUGUCAAUUUCUCCACCAUCCCUCUUGAUGAGAAUCAAAUUGCAGCUCAUUUAGUCCAGAGUGGCCCCCUUGCAGUGGGAUUGAAUGCGGCAUUUAUGCAAACAUAUAUUGGGGGAGUUUCAUGUCCAUUGAUAUGUGCAAAGAGAAGGGUCAACCAUGGAGUAUUGCUGGUGGGAUAUGGUGAGAAGGGCUUUUCCAUACUCAGACUCGGCUACAGGCCAUACUGGAUCGUCAAGAACUCAUGGGGAAAGCGAUGGGGAGAACAUGGGUAUUAUCGUCUCUGCAAGGGGCAUGGCAUGUGUGGCAUCAACACAAUGGUCUCUGCUGUUGUGACUGCCACCAUCCCUGCAACUAAAUCUACAUGAACUUUGUAUAAUAUUUACAUUAAAUAUGCUUGCAGCUGUGUGUU